AUGACUCCGAGCUUGAUGGUGGGUCGAAAGUGUGUCUCCCUUUAUGGCAUCGAGAUCGCCGUGAAGCUAUCGGCCACGACUAACCAACCAGAUAGCUAUCUCAAUCAGCUCGAGGAGAGGAUUGCACGUAUCGAGGGCCGGCUGAGUCAUUGCCAGCCCCAAUCUCACCCCGGACCCCGUUUGGAAGCGUCAAGGACAAGCCAGAAUGGAUCUGGCGACGACAUCCCUGCCAGCACAGCUAGUUCUGUCUUGGGCCACCAGGCCGAAGUCAUGCAUGGAGCAACUCGGGAAAUUGAGUCAAGUGAGGACGUGAUUGACGGAAUGGGGGCCAUGAAAUUCACGGACGAGGAAGACAGUGGCUACUAUGGGCCUUCGUCGAAUAUUGCCUUUAUCCAGAGUAUCAACCUGGCCAUCACCAGAGCAGACCACUUGAGCCCCCGAAGUUCCGUGUCUUUCAGCCGGGUACGAAUCAAUACCGGCCUCAGUGUAUCACGGCGACGGUAUGUACAGGACAAAGUUGCCCAAAAUGGUGCGAUAGUCUCUCAAGGGAGCGUUAGUAUUUAUGCUCUCCCCUCUGAGGCUCGGACUUGGAGCCUCAUCGGGCAGUAUUUCAGCAAAUCUGGCCAACUGCUGCCAUUGAUCCACGAGGAAAGCUUCCGCGAAGCUUAUUUCCAGAUGAAACAGAACAACUUUACAAUGGCACGCAGGACGUGGCUGGGCCUGUUGAAUAUCAUGCUCGCGCUGGCGACGAUGAUAAGUAACGAAGGCCACCAAUCUGCGGUAGAGCGGAUUAAAGAAUCGGACGUCUACUACCAAAGAGCCCAAGGCUUGUGUGACAGGGAGUCCAGUCACACCUCGAGUAUCGAGCUAGAAGUGCAGUACCUGCUCAUCCUCGGCCAGUACCUUCAGUCAACACAAAAGUCAGUACAGGCAUGGACUGUCCAUGGAUUGGCAAUUACACUUGCUCUUCAACUAGGAUUGCAUUCCUCACGGACAAACCAAGAGUUCAGUUCGUUGGAGAGCGAGAUCAGGAAGCGCGUCUGGUAUGGUUGUGUCCUUCUUGACAGGACGUUGAGUAUGACUUUUGGCCGCCCAGCUGUGAUCCCAGAUCGAUAUGUCUGUCUGGAUCUUCCGUCGCAGCACAUCCAGAUACUGGGUCGCACACCGGGAAGUCCGAUAGAACAACAAGCGGAUGCUAGAUUCUUCAUCGCCACUAUCAAGCUUUACAAGGUGAUGUAUCAUAUCAUUGACACCUGCUACGGUCAGAACCUCGGCCUCGAUGACGCUUCCCGGGAGUCAGACAUUGUGUUGCACGUCCUCGAAGGGAGCCGACACCUUCGGAACUGGAGGGAAGAAGCCGGGACACUCAAGCUGCGUGUGUGGACCGACCCCCUACGACCGUCGGAACUUUCGCAAAUGAAGAGAGAAGAGACGGUGACACACAGAUUUAACAUCGUGAUUUCGCUCCGCUACCACAAUCUGCGCAUCUUGCUGUAUCGGCCCAUUUUGGAAGCAUUCCUGGACGCUCACGGAAGCAGUCGCAUGAAGGACUCAUCCAAGAUGGACGUGUCACACCAGGUGGGUGUCAGCAGCAUCUCCAGUUGUGUCGACUCUGCCAUGGUUAUCAUAUCCGUGAUUCACACGAUUGUUACGUCGGAAGAAUGGCACCCCAAUCUGCUUGGAGCCUGGAACUACUCUGCGUUUUACACAUUUAAUGCUGGUCUCGUCUUGUUCGCCACUCUACUUGUCUCGCAGUCCGGAGACGCCCAGCGCUGGGAAUUCGUUGAGAGAGCUCCUCAGUAUCUCACAUUCGCCAUCGAAGCGCUACGAAAGCUCGAUCCCGGAAAUUCGGUGGUGGAACGAUGCGUCAAUUAUCUGUCCCGAUUGACCGCACUGCUCGACUCUGGUACCGGAGGCAUUGACCACCAGCAAUCCGGACUAUUUGGUCCGGAGCAUCCACUGCCGAGAAACACGAAUCCUGAGUAUCCUUGUAUCUCCUACAGUGGUGGCGCCAGAGGUGGUGAUCUGCAGUCGACGAUACAACACACGUCUAAUCAGGGUUUGAUGACAAGGGCAUACGACUGCGGGGAUCUCAAUCUCAAUGAAUUCAUGUUGGAUACAGACUUGGACUUCUUUUCCAGACCAUUUGAUUCCAUCAGUUGA